AAUAAUUGAAUCACACCUACGCCUCUUCAAUCAAAAAUUAGACAGUGAGUGGUCCCCUGCCUCGAGCCUCUGCAUAUUUUGCUCUCUGAACAGCUUCGGGUCUGUGCUGGGUUUUGUUGUUAUGUUGCAGAUUCUGGUUGGGUUUUGGGGAUAUUGUGUUUCUCUGCAAACGGAGAUGGAGGGGUGAGAGGUGAGCUCUCAUCCGAUUCCUUCCUCUGUUCUCUUUCUUUGUUUAAUUUCUCAAAUUCACAGAGAGGGUGGUGGGAGCUGAGGAGAGAUCAAAUGGGAGAAGCCUGUGAGGAUUGCCGUAAGUGGGAAGAGACCAUUUACUGGACCCAUUUCCAGUUCAUACAUUUCGCUCAAUUUCUAACUCAGGAUUUCCACCAGCAGCUUACCAUUCCUAAAAAAUUUGCAGACUAUUUCAAGGAUAGUCUACCUAAGACUCUGGUUCUUAAAGGCCCAAGUGGUAUUACAUGGAAUGUAGAAUUGGUAACAAGUGGGGACUCAUUGCUCCUCAAAAAUGGCUGGGAAGAAUUUGCGAAAGACCACUGUCUAAAAGAAAAUGAUUUCUUGAUUUUCAGAUACAGCAAGAACUCACACUUUGAUGUUUUAGUAUUUGAAAAACAAAGUCUAUGCGAGAAGGAAGCUACGUAUCUGGUUAGGAAAUGUGGGCACGCUAAAGUUGAAAGUGGAUGCUCGCCAAAGAGGGAUGCAAAGGAGAAAUCUGUGGAACUCGUUCACAACUCCUUUCACGAUGAUGAUGAUGAUGAUCAAUGCGCUUCACCAGAGAAAUCUUGGAACUCGGACAGUUUGAUGCCGGAGUCGCCACGAAAGCAAUCCAUCUGCAAAAGGAGACGAACGACUCCAAGGACAGCUUCUUCUGUUAAACCAAAUACAGCAAAGAGGAUAUUAAGAGGCAAAAGUUCUUCUACACAUGCUGCAGGAAAAGAGGCCGAAAGCUCAAAGAGGAUAUUAAGAUGCAAAAGUUCUUCCACACAAGCUGCAGGAAAAAAGGCCGAAAGCUGCGAUUCCGAUGGCAGACAAAUAACCAUCAAUAAAAAUCAAGCGAAUAAUGUGCAAUACAUAUCGAAUAGGCGAUCUGUCACCGAAGACGAGAAAGAGAAGGCCUUGCAAGCGGCACUAUCAGCACCCCACAAAGGGGGUUUUGCAGUAGUUAUGCGACCCAGCAUGGUAUACAAGAGAUUUUUUAUGGGGAUGCCAUGGGAAUGGGUGACUAGGAAUCUCUGGCAUGAUAAACAAGAUGUGAUUCUCCGUCACAAAGACGGCACAUGGCCUGCCAAAUAUUAUGCCUAUGAAUCUUCUGCAGGGCUGGCUGGUGGGUGGAGGCAUUUUGCUGUAGAAAAUAACUUGGAAGAAUUCGACGUGUGUCUCUUUGAGCUCGGUAGCCAGCUGAAAGAUGCUGUGGUCUUGGAUGUUCGCAUCUUUCGGGUUGUCGAAGACGUGGUACCACUUAUGCGCUUUCCUUCUCCCUAGGAAUGUGGAAGGCUAUCUUAAGUUGCUAGGAAAAGGAUCUUGUAGGGCAUCCUUAACUUGCUUAUGUCUUGGUAUGCAUGUUGGUGAAAGCUGGGGUAUGUAAAUAUCGCCUGUUUUGGUGAUUUCUGUGCUACUUUUUGGACUAAUGUUUUGCUCCCCUUAGGCUUUCACUGCUAACAGCUUGUUUAUGUUAAUGGUAGAUUUUGUGGUUCUUGUUCUUGCUUCAUCCCUUCAUGGGUGAAUUAGAGGAUUUUGGUGAUC